GAAAAACGAGGGGUGCUUGAGGGUGGAAGGAAAGAAAACAGAAGCGUCCUUCGAGGGCUGUGGGGUGCCCCGGGGGUGCUGCGGUGGCAGCUGAUGGAGCGGAAAGAAACACCACUCGCCAAUGCUGCAUUUUGGGCUGCAAGAAAAGGAAACCUGGCUCUCCUCCAGCUGCUGCUGAACAGUGGGCGAGUAGAUGUGGACUGCAAAGACAGCCUUGGCACAACAGCUCUGAUGGUAGCAUCUUACUAUGGCCACAUAGACUGUGUACGGGAGUUGGUGUUACAAGGAGCAGAUAUCAAUCUGCAGAGAGAGUCAGGUGCAACUUCUCUAUUCUUUGCUGCACAGCAAGGCCACAACGAUGUUGUGAAGUUUCUCUUUGAAUUUGGAGCCUCCACUGAAUUUAAGAAUAAAGAUGGAGGUACUGCUCUUCUAGCUGCUUGUCAGUACGGGCAUGCAAAAGUAGUGGAAACUCUGUUGAAGCAUGGUGCCAAUAUCCACGAUCAACUUUAUGAUGGAGCUUCUGCAAUUUUCCUGGCAGCACAAGGAGGCUAUCUGGAUGUCAUCCGAUUGCUGCUUUCUUCAGGAGCAAAGGUUAACCAGCCACGCCAG